AUGUGCGUUGAUUGCUGUGAUUAUCGCAGGAUAGGGAAGCAGGACAAGAUUAUGGCUGACCGCAGAGCUGCUGAGAUCGAACUUGAUGCAAGACAACCUUCUCGUCUCACCGCAAGUGUCUCCAGAUUCUUCACGGCCAACUUAGUCACCAUUUUCAUUUUUUCACUCUCUCACCCUUCUGGAUCUGCCUUUAGCUGGCAUAAUCUCCACGGACCAAUUCCAAGGCCAUUAGCUGAGAUGUAUCUAAUAACAACUUAUAUGUCCCGUGUUUCACUUCGUAAUUUUCUGUUCUCGAUCUUCUUUCUCCCUGGUUUUGAAGCUUUGACAACAACCCUUGGCUGGAAGGUCUCGAGCUGCUGGGGCUUGCGAGUUAUGAUACGAACUGCUAUUGAUGCACUUUGCCGAAAAACAGAUAUCGGACUUUGCUCUAAAUCAUUUGUGCCGGGUGAAUUCUAUUGA